GAGUGGUGGAGUGAGGAGGAACAUAAGAACAUAAGAACACAGGGAGACUGCAAGAGGCCGAAUGACCUACACAAGACGAAGAUCCACUAAGAAGCAGGAACCAUGAGGGACAAGAGAGAUGGUGGCGGUGGGCGAGAGGGAUCCAGGCUACUAAUCCUCCUCCUCUUCUUGUCCUCUUGCUUGGCUUCCGUCCACGCCCACUUCGGGAGUUGUGAGGACCAUACGCGCAACUGCAGGGGAUACGCAGAACGAGGCGACUGCGAAAAUCCGCGUACCCGCCAAUUUAUGUUACAGAACUGUCCGGAGAGUUGCAAUUCUUGUGUGGACCCUAACUGUUACGAUCGCAGCAGGAGGUGCAGCGGGAACGCCCAGCAGGGGUUGUGUGAGACCCAGAAGUCCUUCAUGCUACAGCAGUGCCCCCACUCCUGCGACGCCUGCAGGAUUGGGACGAUCAACACCGUAGCCCUCACCGACAUCAAAACCAUCAUCAAGCCGGACUUUCAGUGUGGCCUCCCGAUCCAAGCAGCCGGGCGGAAGAAGAGGCAGAUUAUCUUCCCCGACGAGUUCGCAGCUCUCACGUCGGUCAGAGCACGGCCACAGGCUGCCCAGAGGCCUCCCGGCGAAAUAAUUACUUUAGGAAUGGCAGGUGCACCGACGAGCGUGGAGGACACCUUCUGCGGCGCCACGCCCAUCACGAAGCGCUUCCUGCUCACGGCCGCUCACUGCGUCUUUGAUCCUAACCGUCGACUCACGAAUGUCCGUCUUGGCGAGCUCGAUUUUGCCGUCCAAGGGGAAGAGAACUCGAGACCCGUUGAUUACACGGUCCAGCAAAUAUACGUUCAUCCAGACUUCGAUCCGUCUUCGCUGGAGCGGUACAACGACGUGGCGCUCAUACAGACGGUUGAACAGAUUGAAUUCAACGACUUAGUGUAUCCGUAUUGCAUCUCCGAGAACGCUCCGGCCCCGGGCACUGUGGUAACCGGCGCUGGGUUCGGCCUCGCCAACGCUACGUUCCGGCCCUCGAGGCUCCAGGAGGCAGCCUUGGAGGUGCUGGAGAAUUCUCAGUGUGAGCAGCGGUACCGCGACGAGCAAGCCUUGCCGCAGCUGAUGCAGAGGUACCCCGAGCUGCUGCAGGGGAAGAGCAUCCUGUGCGCCUCCUACCCGCAGAGGGGGUCCUGUCAGGGUGACUCCGGCGGCCCGCUCUACGAACUGAGGAACGGCAAACGCUAUCUGGUGGGCAUCGUUAGCACUGGCGUCUCCUGCAGGGGGAAUGGAGUCUCCACCUUGCCCGGCCUCUAUGUCAACGUAGCGGACCAUGUGGGGUUCAUUAACAGCGUUGUGCACAGUCCGGCGCUGCUGUAAUAGCUGGACGACUGACCAUGGGCCGAAGAAGCUUGUUGCGGUGUCGGUUGGAUGGCUAUUUUUUUUAGUUUUUCGUCACUUUUUUGUUUUGUUUUAGUCCUUGAUGUAAUUGUUCUCGUUUUCGUUCUUCUUGUUCUUAUUCCUUUUCUUAUCCGUCUUUUCUUCUUAUUGUUAUUAUUCGUCUUUUUCUUCUUAUUUUUCUUGUUCUUGUUCUUCUUUUUACUUUUCUUUUUUUUCUUCCUCUUCCUCUUCUUUAUCUUCUUCUUCUUCUUCUUCUUCUUCUUCUUCUUCUUCUUCUUCUUCUUCUUCUUCUUCUUCUUCUUCUUCUUCUUCUUCUUCUUCUUCUUCUUCUUCUUCUUCUUCUUCUUCUUCUUUCUUUUCUUCUUCUUCUUCUUCUUCUUCUUCUUUCUUUUCUUCUUCUUCUUCUUCUUCUUCUUCUUAAUUACUAUUAUUCUCCUGACCUAUAUCGCUUGUUUGUUCGUGUGUGUGUGUGUGUGUGUGUGUGUGUGUGUGUGUGAGAGACCUCUGUAUCACCAUCGCGAAUUGACAAAAUCCAACAAUACAGCAACAAUAACAAUGUUUAAAUUCCUCCCAU